AGUGGUGAUUGAGCAAAGGGGGCAGGACUUUUUCUCUCCGGGUCCUAUUAAGAGCAAACUUUGUGUUUUUGUUCUCCAAGUUCAGCUCAGUGCCCUCCUGCCUGCACACAGUUCCUCUGCAGCUCUUUUUCUUUUCCCAUUUUUUGUUUCUCCCUCAAUGGUUUUUGUUUGCUCGCCUGUUGGUUACUCCUGUGUGUGUGUUUUCAUGGGGGAUUUGGACACCGGGAGGAUGCGCUUUUGGCAGGAACAAACACUCAAAGUUGUCUCUUCGGCCACCCCGGGGUUGUUUUAGUGGAUACAUAGAUGUUUUUCGGGCUGGAAUGAACAAUGGUGCGGCUCCUUGGUGCUCUGGCUGAGGGCAUGCUGUGGUUUCGGCUACUGUUGCUGUGCGUCGUGGAGUUGGAGCUGGGAGCCGGGCUCUCCACUUUCCAGGGUUUCUAUCUUCCACCUGCGAACGGGUCGCUUCUCGCACCUGCCCGGAGGACAGACGGGGUCGUGCGGACCAUUGACCGGAUUUACCACGGAGGAGGGAAGGUGGGCUACCUGGUGUACCUGGAUGGGAGCCGGUUUCAACUGGACAUGGAGCGGGACGAGACCGUGCUGUCGCAUCACUUCAGCCCCCAGUAUGUGCUCGCUAUGAUGGGGGACAGUCCCGCGCCUUUGCAUCGGGAAUGCGUGUACCGCGGGACUGUGGACUCCAACCCGGAGUCCCUGGCCGUCUUCAACCUCUGCGGAGGGGGUCUCGAGGGCUUCUUCGCCGUGAGCCACGCGCGCUACACCAUCACGCCUAUCAUUAGGGCGAAGGGACACGAACACGACGUGCGCGCCCUGCAGGACAAGGACGCGGAGAGCGCGCUCCACGUGUUCACGCGCGAGAGUUUCAGCUUCGAGGCCAUGCGCGAGGGGCACGAGAGCUGCGGGACGCGCGACGGGCGCAGAGGACGCAGGGAUGCGGCGCGGAAACGCCGGCACAGAGGUCGCGGGAAAGGUAGACGGGACACAGGUGAGCACGGCGCGCGCGGGCGGAGAUGGUGGAGCCAGCUCUCGAGAGCGGCUGCUCCGGAGCCCGGCGCGCGGCGCAAGAGGUCUGUCUCUCGCGCCCGGCAUGUGGAGCUGCUCCUGGUGGCCGACGACACCAUGAGCAAGAAAUACGGCAAGGACUUGAACCACUACCUGCUCACACUGGCCUCCGUCGCCUCCAAGCUGUACGGGCACGCGAGCAUCGAGAACCCCAUCCGGCUGUCGGUGGUGAGGGUGACCACGCUCGGCGAGAGGGAGAAAGGGCUCGAGGUGACCAAGAACGCGGCGGCGACGCUGAAGAGCUUCUGCAAGUGGCAGAACCAGCAGAACCCGCUGGACGACGACCACCAGCACCACCACGACGCCGCCAUCCUCUUCACCAGGCAGGACCUCUGCGGCCACCACUCCUGCGACACCCUGGGCAUGGCGGACGUUGGCACCAUCUGCUCCCCGGAGAGAAGCUGCGCCGUCAUCGAGGACGACGGCCUUCACGCAGCGUUUACUGUCGCGCAUGAGAUAGGUCACCUGCUCGGUUUGUCCCACGACGACUCCAAGUUCUGCGAGGAGCGGUUCGGGGUGAACAGCGACAAGCGGCUCAUGUCCUCCAUCCUCACCUCCAUCGACGCCUCCAAGCCCUGGAGCCGCUGCACCUCGGCCACCAUCACUGACUUCUUUGACGACGGCAACGCCGAGUGUCUCCUAGACUCGCCCCGCCAGCCCCUGUUGGGCCCAGAGGAGCUCCCGGGGCAGAGCUACGACGCCGUCCGCCAGUGUCGCCUCGCCUUCGGCCCCGAGUACACAGUCUGCCCGGGCAUGGACGUGUGUUCUCGGCUGUGGUGCGCCGUGAUUCGCCAGGGACAGAUGGUGUGUCUGACCAAGAAGCUGCCGGCGGUGGAGGGGACUCCCUGCGGGAAGGGACGCAUCUGCCUGCAGGGGAAGUGCGUGGACAAGACCCGCAAGAGACACUACUCGGCGUCCAACCACGGCAGCUGGAGCUCCUGGGGCCCUUGGGGUGCGUGCUCCAGAACUUGCGGAGGCGGCGUGCAGUUCGCCCAGCGUCUGUGCAACAACCCGCCGCCACGGAACAACGGGCGCUACUGCACGGGGAAGAGGGCCAUCUAUCGGUCCUGCAACGUCACACCAUGUCCAGCAUCAAACAAGGGUUUCCGGCAGGAGCAAUGUGAAGCCCGCAACGGUCCUCAGACAGAUCCUAAAGGGGUGAAGACCUUUGUUGAGUGGGUGCCUAAGUACGCAGGAGUCCUCCCUAAAGAUGUGUGCAAGUUGACCUGCAGAGCAAAAGGAACAGGAUACUAUGUGGUGUUCUCUCAGAGGGUGGUAGACGGGACAGAGUGUCGUCCGUACAGCAGCUCGGUGUGCGUGAAAGGGAAAUGUGUACGGACGGGCUGCGACGGCAUCAUCGGCUCCAAGCUCCAGUUCGACAAGUGUGGUAUAUGUGGAGGCGACAGCACAGGAUGUAUACGCGUUGUGGGCAACUUCACCAAAAAGAGUAAGGGCUACACUGACGUGGUGAAGAUCCCUGCAGGCUCCACCCACAUCAAGGUUCGUCAGCACAAGGCUAAAGACCAGACCCGCUACACCGCCUACCUGGCCCUCCGACGGCCCAGCGGCGAUUACCUCCUGAACGGCAAGUUCAUGAUCUCCACCUCAGAGACAAUCAUCCCACUCAACGGCUCUGUGCUUAACUACAGCGGCUGGAGCCAAAGGGACGAGUGGCUUCACAGCAUGGGUCCCGGGGCCCUCCAAGAGGCCUUGGUGAUCCAGAUUCUUGCGACAGAUGUUAAAAAGGCUCUGGAUGUUCGUUAUAGCUUCUUCAUGCCCCGCCGGACGGCCCCACAGCAGCCGUCAGCUCCGCUCAUCCCCAAGCCGAAGUCAACCUCCGCGCAGAGCACUACGACAGUCUCCACCACCACCACCACCACCACCACCAGUAGCACCACUACAUCUUCCUCCACUCCUUCUGUCCUGGUUCCAGGGCCACCUACAGCUCCAGGUCCCUCCACCUCAACCCCAGGGCCCCAGUGGGUAACAGGGACCUGGAUGAUCUGCUCCAGGACUUGUGACACUGGCUGGCAGAGCCGGACAGUGCAGUGUAAGGACCGGGAUGGUAAACUGUCCAAAGGCUGCUCGCUAGGUUCCCGCCCCUCUGCCUUCAAACACUGUCUGGUGAAGAAAUGUUGAGCAGAAAUGAUUCAUAAGACAAGAAACAAUUUUAAUCUGUACGUCUGAUAAAGGUCUCAAGUGUUGGAUGUAGGACUGUGGACCGAUGACUUUAAGACAUACAACCCUAAACAGGACUGUGAAUGUUGGCUGAAAGCGCCUGGACCAGAUACACAGAGACUCAGAGACAGAUUGGCAUGGAUGUACCUGACUAUACGCCAGAGGAAUGUCCUGGGAUCACAGUAGCUAUGCAGAGCUGGCACGGAGGACAGUUUCCGUAUGAUAAUGACAAGUAUGACCCUGGCAUAGCUGAGGACUUAAAUUGCAUGUCAUUUCCACAUGGACAGUAACUGAUUGUCUUCACUUCGGUCUCCAAACCCCGAAGGCUUACUGUGUGUUGCCCUGUAAUGGCAUGUGUUGUGUUUUUUGUUUUUUUGUUAAUGCUUUUCCAUGUGUUCUAAUCACUGUGGGGAUUUGGAAGUCGCACCCCUUCGUCGUUUGUCAUGAGUGUGUCCGAGACAAGAGCCCCAACGAUGGGAAGCACUCGUUAUUCAGCGUGUCGCCACUUCUUGCCUGCGCCGUAGCCCUGUCCCACGACCAUUGCCAUUCCUCCGAACUUGGUUAUUCCGGUACCUAAAAGCGGCUCGUAAAAUUUGUUACAGGAAAACUUUUGAAAAAACUAACUCACUAGAUGGUAGUGACAUAAUUUUACUCCCUCCAAGAAAGGUAUCUUGCAUUAAGAACAACACAAACCACGUAAAGUUAAAGAUUCCUAUUUCGUUAGCCAACGUUCGGCCAAAAGGUACAUUUGAGUGUUCAUUAUUACUGAAUAAAACAGUAGGCUGCUAUGAAGAUUGACUUCCAAUGUUCUCCCUGUGAAGAAUUUUGAGCCACUUGAUGACUGAAAUGUCCAAGUUCCAGAACAGGUUCAUACAUCCGAUGGUCCUGGAUCAGGGCUACCGUUAUGCCCCCGACUAUAAGCGUCCUUUUCUUUUUUGGACGGAUCUGUCCGGCUAAAAACUGGAAAGGAGCACAAGCAGAGGGGACGACUGAAUGUUAUCAACUUCCCAUAGCGCGGACCGUUAUCUCGAGAGCAUCCAAUAGAAAGCUUAUGAAUAUGCGAGGGUGACUUCACGAUCGACAGUGAACGGGUGAACCCAGACAGCACGGUCGUACCGCGGGGCUCACCAAUCGCUCGUACCCGGUCUUAACCUGUUCACAUACUUUUCUGUGAAGAAAAUCCGUCCAGGUGACAAAACAUUGGUUGUACUGAAACUGAUAAUCACCUGCACAGCGUCAAAAACAGCAGCAUGGUGCGAUGGGAAGGGAGCGUACGGUGGCCUUCAGAGGACAAACUUUUCGACAGUUAAAUCGACAAAGGGGCAAAAUAACCACGACACUCCUUAACAUUUAUGGAGGUUAAUGAUGACUCACAGGUUUGGGGCAGUGCUUGAUGUGUGAGUGUGUGAGUGUGUGUGUGUGUGUGUGUUUGUGUGUGUUAGCACAUUCAUGUACCCAGGCCUGUGUCUUAAACUCAUGCAGUAUGUACCAGGAAGAUGUACUGCUUCUUCACUCUCAGUUCCAUUUGUAUCAAUCAUUAAGUUGGUGCUGGGAGGUUUACGGUCCUCAUUUGUUUUUUUUGUUCUGGUCAAUAUCUGUUUGUUUGUCCUGUUUAUCUGUUUAAGAGGAAAUGCUAAUAUGACAAUGUGUGCCCUGGAUACUCGCAACGACAGCAAGAGAGAUACUAAUGCAGCCAUUAAUGUCCUUUUGCAAUUCAACUCUUCAUUCUCUUUCUUUUCAUUCCUCAUUCUCCGUUUUAUCACUUUAAAUCCGGUAUUUAGAAAGGAUUGUUUGAACCUGUUUCCAGCCCUGACGGGUGGUGUUUGCCACAUUGCAACAGUUCAGACUGUGCCACAGGAUGGAUGACUUUAAAGGGUCGGUCCACCCAAAAUACAAAAGAGAAUAUGUUUCCACUCACACAGAUAGUUUCUUUUAUUGUCAGUUAUCAAUCUGGUGUAGAUAAAUGACAUUUCUUUCGUGGUGAUCACAUUUGAGCAGAAACAAUGCCUCAGUUACUUCAGACAAUCCACAGACCUCACUGUCAGCUACUUCUUCGGAUCUACUUUCUACCGAAGAAAUAGUCCCCAUGACUACUGGAGGACACUGAUUCUGCAAAGAGAUAUUGCUUUAAGUUCAACGAUAUAGUUUGACAUUUUGGGAAAAUACACUUAUUCAUUCGCUUGCAGAGAAAUAGAUGAGAAGAUUGAUACCACUCUCAUGUCUGUCCUUUAAAUAUGAAGCUAGACCCAGGAAAUAGUUAGCAUAGCUUAGCAUAAAGACUGGAAGCAAGGGGAAACAGCUAGCCCGGCUUUGUCCAAAGAUUAAAAAUACGCCUAUCAACACCUCUUUAUCACGCUAAUGAACACAUCAUGUCUCGUUUGUUUAAUCCGUACAAAAAGAAAGUAUAAAAAUGACAAUUUGCCCCCGUUUCCAAUCUUAAUGCUAAGCUAACAGGCUUCUUCCUCUAUCUUCAUAUUCAACAGACACGUAUGAGUGUGGCAUCGAUCUUCUCAUCUGGCUCUCAAGAAAAUGAAUAAAAAUGUAAAAUGAUUCCUUGAAGCGAACAAACAAAGCUAUGUGCAUCACAAGAUACCAGUAGAACAUUACCUCAGCCAUCCUGAAUGGUACAGAGUGAUGCUGAUUAUGUAGCUAAUGGACUUUUUAAAAUACCUUCCUGUAAUUGUGUUAAACUUUCUGGCACCUGUUAUAUGUUCCUGUGUGGCAAGCCUCACCCAUCUGGCGUCUGUGCGGGAGAAAAACCAACGACUACACGACCCGGGUCAACAUACCACUCACCAAAUAUCCUUCUCUUCUUCCCUCACACAUUCACAUUUAUUUACAUUAUGUAGACAUUUUUGUACAAUGAAUAGAUCAUUCAUAUAUGUGUUAGUAUUCAACCAUAUUUACACAGAAAUAUACACACACAGACACCAUUGAAACAAUCCAUCAUUCGCACAGUAUUUGAUUAUUUCAGAAACCCUCUCACACACACACACACACACACACACACACAACCUACUCUGACUCUUCCAGUGGGGAAACCCCUCUCGCUGAACGACAGAAACACAGCACUGAACUUGUAAUUUAUUGUUUGUACAACUGGUAUGUGUGAAUAAAAAAACAAUGAGAUGAGUUUUAUUUAUUAUAGUAAUUUUGUAUCAAAUUACUAUUUAACUUAGGAAUAUGACUGUGCAGAAUCAUUCCUUUGUAAGAAUAUAGUGUUUCUUUUCUAGUCAUCCACAUGAAUAUAUGUACAUAAAAUCUAUAUAUUUAAA